AAAAAACUUCGCUAGGUCUUACUUUCAGGGGGAGGUCUUAUAUUUCGCAAUUCAGCAAAAUCUGUGCUAGGUGUUAUUUUCUGCGGAUGUCUUAUUUUCGGGGAAACACGGUAAGUAAACUGCCUGUAUCUCGUUAGAACUAAUUAGAUAAUGCCUGGGGAUCACACGUACUGUACACGAAAGGUUUUCACACCCAUCAGUGGCCAAGCGGUUUUAUUCCCUAAACACUCAGAAUUCCCCAGUGUUCUGGGUUCGCGCCUCGCCAGGACGGACUGCCCACGUGGAGUUUUCCGGGUUUUCUCCACGUCUGUAUCUCUGAACAGAGGCCAGUUAUUUUUAAAUAUACCUCCCGGAAAGCAUUACUCCCCACGUUACGACUAUCAUAAACGCAUACAACUACUAUUACACGAGAAUAACGUCACACUUUACCACGAGGCCAUAUAGCCUAGAAGCUCAUGUCCAAGUAGCUACUAUAAGACAAGGGUUUUCACAUUUCAAAUAUAUAACUUACUUAACUUUUCUCGAGGAUUUUUAUAUCUGUGUUUUAAAAACUACUAUAAGAGUCGAGAUUCGAUUAAAUGUGAAAAAUGAUUUCAUCCAGAAAUUCAAGAAUAAUCUUUACUAGGCAACUACCGUACAUUUGAAAUAAAAAUUCUUUAGUAUUUUAAAUACUGAGGUAUUUUUAGUGUGAAUAUAUAUAUAUAUAUAUGUUUUUUAAUUAAUGCAGGUAUUGUCCAGCAGACAAGAAAGAGCUGCCCCCAAUAACAAACCCUUAGAUAAAAGCAAAAUAGCAAUAACAAUAACACGCAAAAUUCUAAAGAACUCUAUGGUCUAUAUAACUUAUUUCCUGUUUCCAACCUUAUUUAACUAACUUUAGCUUUCCAUAUAAUUUUAAUCUAUACCAUUUUCCAUUAUUACUUAUAUGUUCAUCAUAUUUAUAAUUAAGAUCACAGCAUAUAACGAACACAUUUAUGGCGGAAGUGAAACAGUCACUACAAGUGGUGAAACAAAAGAAUAUGUACCAGAUCCACCUAAAGAGACAGAAAUAGCUAAUAUUACGGAACAUUCGGUGGAUAUUAUCUGGUCUUUACCCGUAAGAUCAAAUGGACAAUUGACUGGAUACAGGAUAAACAUCACUGUAGCAGAGUCCUUCAAUAAUAGUAUUAUAGGAAGCACACAAGAGAAGUUAACAAAUCCUAACACUAGAAGCUGUACAUUUAUUAAUUUGCACCCAGCUACUAAGUAUAAUGGUACCAUAGAAGCUAGUACCAAAAUUGGUUACGGGAAACCUCUUUAUUUUCAGUUUACAACAAAAGUUUCUGUACCAGUUAUUGAUGUCGAACCUACAGUUAGUAAUGUUACAGAUACGACAGUAGUUAUUUUAAUAAAACCAAUUCAUUUUAAUGGAGGGCCUGUCAGUGCAUAUUUCGUGAUGGUGGAAAAACAGAAUAGAAGAAAAAAGAGAGUUGUAGAAGAGAAAAAAUUGCUUAGUUAUAACGAAUCCAGAGAAGAUUAUGUCGCUGCCAAAUUUUAUCCCAAUGAGAUAUCUUCUACUGGAAUAGACUUUACUGUAGGAGAUGGAAAACAUUAUAACGGUUAUUACAACGCUCCUCUUACUACCGGAGAAGAAUAUAAAAUCGGAUUAGCUGUACUAAGUGAAUUCAACGGGGAAGAACGCUUAGGAUAUAAAUACUUAACAGAAGCAGUUACAGUAUCCCCAAAACUUAUUUUAUUUCUAAAUAUAAAAAUUUUAGAUGAUUCCACGCGAGUUAUUUUAGAGAAGUUACCAGACGACCCGUAUUCCGAUUAUAUCAAUGCAAAUUAUAUAGAUGGAUAUAAAUCUUCCAAAAGAUACAUCGCUACUCAAGGUCCCAAACCUUUAACUGUUAACGACUUUUGGAGAAUGAUUUGGCAGGAAAAAGUCUGCAAAAUAAUCAUAUCAACGAAUUUAGUAGAAAAUGGAAAGACAAAGUGUGAAAAAUAUUGGGCGGAUUCGAGAGGGACAUUUGGUUCCGUGACUGUGACAUUAUUGAAUUCCGAGAUAUUUGCUGAUUAUGUUAUUCGAACAUUCCACGUUAGCAAGGAAAACGAAGUUCGAGAAAUUAAGCAAUUUCACUUUACUACAUGGCCAGAUCACGGUGUUCCAAUGUAUGCAAUAGCAGUUAGUAAUUUUAUAUUAAAAACAAGAACUUAUAAGCCCAAAGACAAAAGUCCAAUUGUGUUUCAUUGCAGUGCCGGAAUUGGACGAACUGGAACAUUAAUUUUAAUAGAUAGCAUGUUGGAUAUGGCAGCGGCCGAAAAUCAAGUAGAUCUGCUUUCACAAUUGCAUAUAAUGAGACAACAGAGAAUUAAUAUGGUGGAAACGAUGGAUCAAUAUUACCUGGCGUGUCAGUGUUUAAUCGAAGCGUUAUGUACAGAAAAAACGUCAAUUACUUGUUCAGAGUUUAUUCCCACUCUUAAUCGUUUAAAAAAAGUCGAUCCCAAAACUAGUCUUACUCAGUUUCACGUACAAUUUGAGAAACUGUCGAAAAUAUGUCCAUUAUUGAAAACAACCGAUUGUCUAACUGCAUUACAUCCAUCUAAUCUUGGGAAAAAUAGAAGUGAUAAGAUUAUUCCACCUGAUCGUUCACUUCCAAUCUUGAGAGUUAAAGGAAAUACAGAAUCUUUAUACAUUAAUGCCGUCUAUAUCGAUAAACUGUCGAAAAUAUGUCCAUUAUUGAAAACAACCGAUUGUCUAACUGCAUUACAUCCAUCUAAUCUUGGGAAAAAUAGAAGUGAUAAGAUUAUUCCACCUGAUCGUUCACUUCCAAUCUUGAGAGUUAAAGGAAAUACAGAAUCUUUAUACAUUAAUGCCGUCUAUGUCGAUGGAUAUAAAGAAAAACAUGCGUUUCUAGUCACACAAAUUCCAUUGCAGAAAACCGUAUCAGAUUUCUGGAGGAUGGCUUUCUCUUCUAAAACUUCUACUAUUGUACUUUUAAACGAAUUAGAUUCAAUUGACGAGUUUACUUUACAGACCUGCAUGCAAUAUUGGCCAGAAAGUACAGAAACUUAUGAAGACGUUGAGGUUAAAAAAGUCUCCGAAGAAACACUCGGCGAUAUUAUAGUCAGAACCUUUGAAUUAAGAAAUAUUUCUAAUCAGGAAGAGACAGAUACAAAAGUCAUGAAGCAAUUUCAUUUGACAGGAUGGUCGUCGAGUAACACAUUGCCCACGUCAUCCGACAUAUUAUUGCGCUUAAUCGAAAAAGUAGAAAGAUGGCAACAAAAUUCUGCAACCACCACCGUCAUUGUUCAAUGUUUGAACGGCGUACGUGCUUGUGGAUUAUAUUGCGGAUCUGUAUUUAUUUGCGAUAAGAUAAAACACGAACAAGAAGUGGACGUAUUCUUUGCUGUUAGAAGUAUCCGUGCUAAUCGACCUCAAUUCAUUGAAGAUGUGGGUCAAUACAUUUACUGUCAUCAAGUUGCGUUAACAUAUCUAGAUUCUUUUGAAACGUAUGCAAAUUUUCAAUAAAGUAAAGCAGCGUUACAGAAUAACUUGAAGUCAAUAGAAACUUAAAAUUAAAUAAUGAUUUUUGGUCUCUUGUUGAAGUUGCCUCAGUAAAACUAAUGCACAAUACAAUAAAGAUUUUAUUAGGAUUUUUACAUUAUUAUAGAUGUGUAUAAUUGUUAUAUAUAUAUUGCAGUCAAAACCCAUUUUUAGUUAGAAC